AUGGCAACCUGGUUGAUCAUCGUCAUGGAAGAAUCAAAAGCUGAGCUUUUGGCUAAGGACACCACUUUUGACAAAUUAAUGGCCUCCAAAAUCCUCAGAGAUCACCAUUGGCAUCAUCAAAACACAUUGAUGCUAAUAGCUAGAAAAGCCCCAGACAUUAAUGAGGAAGGAAGGAAAAAGCUUCAACAACAUCUCAUUGAAACCCAUCAAACACUAUUGAAAGAUGGACUCAAGGAUGGUUAG